GGCGCCGAAAAUGUGUAUUUUACCGUAUUUUACACUUUGAAAACUAAAAUUCACGAUCCAGCAGAUUUUGGAAGGAUAAAAUGGCGACUCUAGCCAGUUCAUCGCGCUGCAGUAGCACCCUGGCCAGUGUUUACUCCGUACUUUCAGGAAAACUGUGGAAUCGAGUUGUUAUUGCCGCUGUCGUGUACUGCCCCGUUCAUCAACACAAACGAUUCAUGUCGUCAAAGCCUUUGCAAGGAAGGACAGUGCGGAUCGGCUGUGCUUCGGGAUUUUGGGGAGAUUCAAUGAUGGCAGGUAGACAAUUGGAGCAAGCAUUUAAUCUGUUCUGAUGUUUAUUGUCACCACCGAUUUCAUGUAAUAGGUGGUUUUCAUGCCAUCUCGGGAGACACAAAUAACAAUGGUGAAAUGAACAAAUGCUGGUGGACAAACAAAGCAAGCUAAUGAGCGAUCUUUUGUUUACCGUCCACCAGCAUGGCGGCGAUGACGUAAAGUGAAAACCACCUAUAGGCCAUUUUACAGUUAUGUAUGGAAGCAAGGCUGAGGGUGACCUUGUUUUGAUACAAACCUUCUUUGCUUUGUUAUGGAAAUUGUUCUUGAAAAAUACUUUUUAGCAUAAGAAUAACUUGAUUUACAUAAUGAAGCAGUAAGGUUUGUAUCAAAACAAGGUCACCCUCAUCAGUCUCGCUUUCAUGCAUAACUGUAAAAGGGCCUAUUUGUGACCUUCUCUGGGAAAACGUACACUAACGAUAUUUCGUUAAACGGUUAGACCGUUAGCUGUCCGUUAGUCAUCUGUUAGAUGAUUCAAUGAAAAUCGUUAGAGGCGUUAGGCAAUUCGUUAGCAACUCAUCCGUAGCCGUUAGAGCGUUAGUUGUAUCCGUUAGAGGUGUUAGUCAAUUCGUUAGCAACUCAUGUAUAUCCGUUAGAGCGUUAGUUGUAUCCGUUAGAGCGUUAGUCCAGGAAACUAAAGCGUUAACUGACGAUUCUAUUGCUUUGCUGAUCAAGGCCGCUGCCUUAUGGGCGCCCUGUCGUCAGAGGUUUCUACGAUUAAUUUUAUUCGCCCGCGGGCGACCGAAAUUAUAAACAAGGAGCCCGCAUCGGGCACCUGAAACUAGUGAUUCUUGCCAAACCCGUUUCCCAACGUCCAGUGAACGAACGACACAAUUCCCUACCCGUUCUACGCUUUUGAAACGAAAAAUUAAUAUCAAAAUACUUGGUCGUCGGCUGUAGGCAAAAGAUACCGACGAUAAGAAGUAAACAAACAAGCACACGUCUUGAAAUCCGCUUCUCUGCAGACUUCCGCUAAUUGAUCUCGAAUGAAUUGAAUGGUUGCAGGAAAACCUUCGGUAUAAAAGUCAUGACCUUCUUCCCGUCUUUUUGCCUUUAGAAACGUUGCUGUUGUGUUUAUUUUUAAAUGAAAAGAUGCAAGCAAGCAAGAUCCAUUGUUGGUUAAUUGAAAUUACACAUGAUAUACCGGUAUGCAAAUUUUUCUUGCAUCUACAACUAUUGAUCAGAUUGUUCCGUUUUCGAUCUCGAUACGAACGGUACACUCAGUUGACUCGGAGAUUUCUUAGAUCAUUUAUUCAGGUUGUAUCUAUGUCCUUCUCCUUUUUUGGUACGUUUUGUGGCAAUUUCUUUUUAAAAGAUAGACUUAGACGAAAUAAAAGAAUUGUGCAAAAAGAACUUUGUAAGCGUUUUUUAGGAUUUAUUUUCAACGUUGAAUUUUUUUUUCUAGAGGACAGAUUGUAAUCGUUUUAGAACAAUGUCGAUAAUAAAAAAGAUUAAUGAACACACGAGUUGCUUUUUAUGCUGAUAUUGAACAGAGGCAUGGGCUGGGAAAGGUUUGGGAUUUUAAUUUUUUUUCCAUUUGAUUUGUAGUCCUAAAUAAUUGAGGCUCUCUAGUAAUUAAAAAAGUCUACAAUCAUUCAAUACAGCUUUUAUUCAUGUGUUGUCCGUCACACAACGCUUCACUGCGUAUUCAAAUUCCCGGGAGUCAAAUUUCAACCGAAAUUUGCAUAAAGUUGUUUACGAAACCGAUACGGCAUCUUGUUGAAAAACUUUCAUCAGACAUCGAGGGGCUUGCUUGAUAUAGUUUUUGGAAACAUUACAGUCCCAAGUCAAGAUACGUGUUUGCAAACAGUAGUUCUUGUCAAUACGAUGCAGUAGAAGUUUCAUUCCAGGAGAAAUUGGACGGCCUGUUUUGAAGCACAGUCGUUUCGAGAGCAAGUCGAUUUCGAUUAUUAUUUUACUCGUUGAUCACAUCACUAGUGAUUUUGAUGCUUUCAAUUUUCAGCCGUUUAUCGAUCGACAGCUGUACUUAAAACUUUCGCUCAAUACAUUGAUAACAACAAGAUGAACUAACCAGCUGUUAAUAGAUUGCUUAAUAGGGAAUAGCACUCAAUUACUUCCACCAAUUCAACUGUUAGAGCGUUAGAACAAAUCGUUAGAGCGUUAGAACGAACCGUUAGAGCGUUAGAACAAAUCGUUAGAGCGUUUGGACAAAUCGUUAGAACGUCAGAACAAACUGUUAGAACGUUUGGACAAACCGUUAGAACGUUAGAAAAACCGUUAGCUAUCCGUUAGCUAUCCGUUAGUUUUCUAACGAUAACGAAAUAUCGUUAGUGUACGUUUUCCCAAAGAAGGUCACGUUUUUGGAACUUAAUCAUUGUGCCCGGUACCCCCGUCCCCCCACCUCCUUCUUCCCCCAAAAGAAAUCAGAUCAGUAUAGUCCUGCUUAUCUCAAGAUUGCAUUGAUGUUAUUGAUUAUUGCUAGUCUUAAUAAAAGGAGGUUUUUACACUACUCAGUUGCUCAAGAACGGCUAUACACUCAGGGGUUUAGCCAGGAUAAUUUGUUCAGAGGGAUGCACAAUAGACCAUUUUACAGUUGUGGACUUAGUACCCUGGCCUAUGAGUGAAUGUGAGCCUGAGGUUGACCUUGUUUUGAUACAAACCGUCUUUGCUUUGUUAUGGAAAUUGUCCUUGAAAAAUACUAGUUAGCAUAAGAUUAAGAAUAACUUGAUUCACAAAAUAAAGCAGGAAGGUUUGUAUCAAAACAAGGUCAACUCCAUCCUUGCUUCCAUCCAUAACUGUAAAAUGGCCUAUUCUCCAAAAGCCCCUGCUCCCCAUCCCAAUGUCCCCAAAGAUGAGGUUACUGUAAGACUAAGCAUUUUUACUGUAUAUGAAAUAAAUGUAACUAAGUGAUUUGAAAACUUCUUUAUCGCCUUUUUGGGCUCAUUGACUGUAGCACAUCAGUCACAUUUCAUAACUUAGGGUUUCGUUCAACAAACGCAGAUGCGUGAAUCCCCUCUCUCUGUCAUGUUAUGCUGGUGUUGCGUGACAGAGGGGCUGGAACUGGACUGUCCCUUUUUAGCACUGUAAGUAUAGAGAAUCAAGACGUGAUACUGAGACUUGAGUCUCAAUUCUUGCAGGGAUUGAGAAUCAAGCGUCAACUCACUUUUGAUCAGUACUUUAUACACAUCAUCAGCCUUUUGAUAGAUUAAAAGACUGAAUUUAUUCCACCACAUUAACACAGUAACUUAUCCCUUUUGGUAUCUUUUUGGAGGUCCUAACAAUCCUUACUGUGAGGAACUGACACUAUUACGCUGAUUUAUUUACUUUGCAGCCCCACAACUUGUCCGCGAUGGUGACAUCAAUUACCUUGUAUCUGAUUACUUAUCAGAAAUUACAAUGUCACUUCUAACAGCGGUCAAAAGAAAAUCACCAGUAAGUUUCUUUAUUUCAAGGUAAUCAUUUUGAAAAAUAUCACACUAACUGUCAUUACUAUAGCCUUGAAUGUUUGGAAAGAGUAUACAAUGUAUUUAUUAUAUUGUGUUCACAUGUGCUUCUUGAUGAGUUUUUUGUGGCUUUUGUUUCAGACUUUAGGGUAUGCUCCUGACUUCAUUCAAGCUGUCAUGAAACCGCUCAUCAACCCAAUCAAAGAGAAAGGUUAGUCUCACGGUACACCUGUAAUAUUUUUAGAGUGUGAGCAAUGUCUUAUUUUCAUUGAAAAAAUAAUAGAGGUACUAUAUGCAAGCAAGAUGCAGGAACUGAAUGCAUCAGCCCAGAGGAAAAAAUAAGAGGCUGCUCCCUUAGCCAGAGUGAAUGAGUCAUGCAUUACCUUUUUGCUGGAGAACAGAUACAUUGUACAUGUACUGUUGGCCUGUGAUUGGGGUGGUGAUUCUCUUUUUGUGCCUCUCCUGUCUUGUGACCUCAGUCAUAAGCCUGAGAAAACAGCUGAUAGUAAAUUAAUGACAUGAACACUGGUUUUCCCCUGAAAUGACAUCUGAGGAAUAAGCAAGGAAAUUCCAUUCUGAUGACAUGUCACUACUCAGAUCUGGUCAUGGUCAUGCCACAAGGGAAAUUUGUUUCAACCAAUCAGAAGCACCAGUGAGAUCUAGGUAGUGACACAUCAUCAGUAUUUCGGCUGUGUUCUUCGUUAACAACUGCGUCACUUAGUGGAGGUAGGUGCCCAGGAUGUCCAGGGGCUUCCACUUUGGCAAAGCCUGCCCCUACACAGAGUUAUGCCCCCAUGGCUGGUAAACCUGCACCCUCCAGCCAUGAGCCCCCAUGCCAAUGCAACUAGGCACCCGUCACACUAAUUUAUCAGUGGAAAAAAAUAAAGGGGGGGGGGUAGGGAUGUGGGGUAAAAGAAUGAUCCUAAGGCUAAACGAAGAGAGUUGCCGCCAGGAAAUGCUGCACUAAGCACAUGGAGAUGAUGUAAGCAAGGCUGACCGUGCUUGAGCCACUGCACUGACUGCUGUCUGACAACAUGAGGGGGGUCGACCCAAAAAAAAUUUAGAAGGGUUUGUAUGGAGUUUUCUAAGCAUAACUGGGCUAUGACCUCAGAGACAAUUUGCUCCGAAAUGCUCAUUUUUGGCAAGUAGGCCUCUUGGACAUUGUUCUUUCAGAAUAUCCUGACAAAUCCCAUAAUUUCAGAAAUUUCAUUUUUAUGACGUCACACUUUAGUACUCUAUAGUACUGGGCUAUGUGUACUGGUGAAAGAAGUAAUAAAUAAUAUCAAGUACAUGUACUAGUAUGUACAAUCUUUUCCAUAGAUUAGGCCAAACCUCUCAUACUAUCUCUUUUAGGGAUCCGUGUGGUGAGUAAUGCUGGUGGGGUUAAUCCGCAUGAAUGUGCAAAUGCGUUGAUGGUCAUUGCAAAGGAAACUAAGACUGAUCUAAAGGUUGCUGUGGUUACUGGAGAUGAACUCAUGGGUGACGUUGAGAAAAUACGACUUAGUGGCAUUAAAGAUAUGGACAGUGGGAAGGAUUUUCCUGCCAGUGUGGAGAGCAUGAAUGCUUAUUUAGGGCAAGUAGUUUUCAUGUUUUGUCACAUAUAUUUUUACAAACUCUCAUGCAUAUAUAUGUACCGUUCCUUUAAAAAGUAACUAAAGAGUAUAAAAAUCCCAAAUAUGCUCACUGGACUAGUGUAGCAUUGUAGUUGUUUUGGGUGACCAACCACUGAAUGUACAUUUAUUUUAAAUUCAUACAUUUUGUAUGUUAUAGUACAUGUAAGCUGUACAAAUUAAUGUUGUUACAGUUUAAUCCUGUUGCUGUGCGGUUUUAAUUUUAUCUGUAGUUGCUUAUACAGUUGACUCCCGAUAACUCGAACCCUCGCUAACUCGAACCUCGCGCUAGCUGGAACCAAAAUAGAUUUCCCCUGGUUUUCCGUCAUACAUUUACUGUGAUUUUACCCUCGGUAACUCGAACCCUCGAUAACUCAAAACUCCGGCUAACUCGAAGUAAUUUUUGUUUCCCCUCAGAUCAUUUCUAUAUAAUUUUACCCUCGAUAACUCGAACCAUAUUUUGAGCCCUUAAAAAGUCGGGAAAAAACAGUGUAGUGCCUCCGAAGCAUUGAAUUUUGAAUUUCCCAUUGAAGUGUUGUAGGCAUAUAGGUUACUAGUGGAUCGAUAGUGGAGCCGGCUGAUGUUGUUUGUCACAAAUCUAACGUGAAAUAGCUUUACUUCUCAAAAAGUAAAAUGCAUGCUCUGUUUAGGCAACGUGUUGUUACUUUACGUUCUGAUUUAUAAUCUUAAAGUAUCUUUCAAUUUUCACUCAACAUUUCCACAAUUAAAUGUGAUUAAAAUGCUCACUGUGCAGUAAAAUGGUUUUUUUCCUUACUCCCGGCUAUUUUCUUCGAGCUCCCAAUAACUCGAACUCCCGAUAACUCAAACCUUUUUCGAUUUCCCUUGACGGUUCGAGUUAUCGGGAGUCAACUGUAGUAGGUAGUUCUGAUUAAUGCUGACUUUGUAGCUUCCGGUAAGUUUAUAGUAACCUUCCCAGUCAUUUUGAAUUAGAGCUGUCCCUAUUGCACGAGCCCUGGAACUUGGUGCUGAUGUGGUGGUUACUGGACGAUGUGUGGAUAGUGCACUAGCGCUGGGCCCGCUCAUGUACGAGGUAACAAAAUAAUAAAUUAUUUGAAAUAAUAUUCUAAAUAAUCUUCAUUCUGCUGUAUGGUGUAGAAAUGACCUUAAUGCCUAGAAUGUCGCAGGGCUGUCACUAACAGUCGGAGGCCGGGGAUUUUCCCUGGCUACUAUAAGUGUGAGCCCCAGCUACUUUGAUAAGAAACAAAAGCAAAAUAGAACCAAAAGAACUUCGUAGCUGGAUAAUUCCCCUUCUACUAAUGCAUACACCGACAACUUGAAAUUUUAGUGACAGCCCUGAUGUGUUUUCUGCAAGUAGCAUUGAUCCACUCUGUUGGAUAAAUAUUUGCCAAGGGCUGUUUACACCAUUGUAUUCUUGACUUUUGAACUUCAAGCUUUUAUGGCGUGUAAAUUAUGUCAGCACAUCAAUUUCUUCCUUGAACCCUUCGUUUGAAAUUCCUUUUAAUUCAAUCCAAACUGAACUUCCCUUUGCCUGUCAAAGACUGUAUUAUUUUAACCCUGAUUUUCCAAACCCCCUUAUAAUUUGAACCAGUUUGCUUUACCUAGAGUGGUUUAAAAAAUUGUGAUUCCACUGUACAAUCUUCUAGCACAGUGUACAUUCUAUCUAAUUAGGUCCGCAAAUUGUUAUUUAUGCAGGUUUGUGUGCCCCAUAUGUCAGAAAUAAGGUCUUUGACUAAAAACACUAUGAUUAAAGAGAUUUGUAGAAUACUGUUCAUACCAUUAGGCCCUAUAUACGGGGGAAUUUAGUCAAUGAUAUCUGAAUGAAGGUUACAGAAUGAUGUAUUCCUAAAAAUACUCCAACUUUUACUAUUUUUUGGUCACUUAUAGUUUGGAUGGAAGACAGAUGAUUAUGACUUGCUUGCUGCAGGAAGGUUAGAUGAUUCUUUUUGAUGAAUAUAAGUGACAGUACUACCGUAUUUAGAAGGACAUGUAGGUUGAGCAUGAUUGUCCGAGUGAAUGUAAAUGUAGUCCUGAACAGGACUGAUGUUGACAGUGACUGACGUUUCAAGAACCUGUGCGGUAGUCAUCGUCAAAGUCAAAGUGAGUUGUAUCAUGUCAAUGGAUGGUAUUAAAGUAUUAAACUCUGUUUAUUAACCUGGUUGGUCGAUUAAGUCGCGACGUUAUUGGUCAUCUGUCAGUUAAGCCAUGAUGUUAUUGGCUAUGAAGACUUGAAAUUGGUGCAUUUCAAUCUGUUUAUUGUCAGAGUUAAACAGUCAGUUAUUGUUAGUCAAGCUGUUGGUUGUCCAGUUAUUCUCUUGUAGUUUGCUUGCUUGAGUUUGUCAAUAAGUUGUUUGUAUGGUACCAGCACUGUUGACCACGAUUCAGUGGUAUUUUAUCUAAGUUAGUAAACCAGCUUUCUAAAGUGAGUUGUUGACACGUCAGUUAUCUUUUGUUCCUUGAGAAUCUACCUUGGGAAACACUGUGAUUUAAGGGAAACGGAAUAAACUGGUCUCCUCAGGGACCAGUCAUUUGUCAGCCCACAUAGAAAAUUUUGUACGCGUAUUGUGUACAAAUUUAUGAAAGUAAAUCUAAGAGUCAGAACAUUCAACGUUACUUGUGUAGGGCUCUCUUACCCUCCGAAAUCAUGAUUCAACCUGAAAUAUUUCAGGAAAAAAUGAAUAAUUCAUUUAUAAUUCACACGCAUAGAUGUCAACAAUGUAUCUCUUUCAUAAUAGUUUGGUUGGUCAUUUGAUUGAAUGUGGGGCUCAGUGUACAGGUGGAAUCUUUACUGACUGGCAGACUGUCCCAGACUGGUAUGAAGUACUCAACAUCUGUUUUAAGGUGAUGUUGCACGGGACAAUUCGCAAUGACGAUUUUUAGUGCAACACAGCAUUGCAAUGUUCGAACAAUGUUGCGGGCAUUCAAAACAAUGUCACAACAAUGUUGCAACACCGUGUUGGCCUAAAAAUCGUCGUUGUGAAUCUUCUCAUGUAACAUUACCUCUAGUCAUUUAUUUAAUAUUAUUCUUUACACCAUUGGCCAGAUGUGGCCGCAUUGGUAAUUCUUUCACUAGGACCAGCUGUGGAAAAUCCAAUUAUGUCACUUGUGGCAAAAGCACAUUGAACUCAGUAAAUUUGCUAUGUUUAAGAGUGAUAGGUGAUAAGUCACAAUUUUUUACAGACAUUUUUAUGGUGUACAAAUGUUUGAAAUGUUUUACGACUUUGCUGGGCCAUAGCUUAUGGUCCUUCAGGUCCUUGUCAAAAGCUAAAGAAAACCAUGAAAGGUUCUGUUUCUUUGCACUAAUUGGUAGCCUUCCCUCUUCCUUCCGAUUUGAAUGGAAUGUAUUCUUUAAAUUCAAAUUUUAUGAAUUUUGUAGUACAUUUUCUGUCUUAAAAGAUAAUAUUAUUUAGUUGGCGUCUCCAGUAAGCUCCAUUAGCGCUAAUGACACAAAUAAAAGUCUUUUUUAUUAUUAUUUUAAUUCUCAUUUAUUUCCUUUUUUCUUUUCAAAUUAGGGACAAUAUUGGUUAUCCGGUAGCAGAAUGUGCUGCAGAUGGCAAAUUUAUUCUUUCCAAGCCUCCUAACACUGGUGGACUUGUGUCACCAUCUUCUGUUUCAGAGCAGGUAACAAACGUCUUCUCCAGCUUAUACAGCAACAACAACAAAAACAAACUUUAUUGGCUAAUAAACACAAGAACACAACACUUGAAAGCCUGCAAUUAGCUUCAAGCUAUUCGAGUCAAACCCAAGGAAAAAAGAAAAAAUAUUUGCAAAAGUUACGGCGCUGUUCAAUGAAACGUCAACUCCGAAAUUUAAAAGCCAGCUUACAAUUACGUUAAUCGGUGCCAACAGUGCCAUCGAUCAUACAUGUAAUUACAAUCACAAGCAACUUACCUUCUAGACUGCAUAACAGGCGCUUUGUGAGCUAAGCUAGGUGAACGCGGCAUUUCGCGAGAAGCGCGAGACGAGGGGAGGAGACUACUAACGUUGAAACACAGGAACACAAAAAAUGGGUUGAAAACUGCCAAUCGAAAGCCAAAAACCAUAAACUUUUGAACACGCUGAAGUAAACUUCUGUGUUCUAAGAAUGGAGCUAUGCAAACGUUGGUUGUCCUUUGAACUUCAGGGUUCUCGUGUUAUUAAAAAGCGCAGUAAAGUAUUCAUCCAAAACUCCUCGAUGCACUCCGUUGUUUUGUAUUAAAUCUUUAGGACAAGGAGGGUCCUAACCUCUUGCCUCCCAUGCCUUGCUUUCCCAACUCCUGCCCCAGCCUCCUCCCUUUCUUCCCUCCUCUCGUGGCUCCCGUACUCCUCCCACCCCUCCCCCUCGCCACUGUCCUCCCUUGUCAAUAAGGGUUGCUGCUUACGUACUACUUUCUCAUACCUGAUUGGCUUUUUCCCUGCAACUCAGUAACACUCCAGAAAUAUUUCUGGCGUUCAUUGUUUUCUGAGUAUCACAGUCACAAAUAUAUUACAUUUACUGGUCCUACAAUUUUGGACCUUACGAAACAGCACUGUCGCAAUAAACGAUCGAUGAUUACUCAGUCCUGAAGCCUGAACUCCUGUGAUUAUGAAUAUUACAUUUACUUAUGUAUGUUAUUUGUCUGAUAGCUUGUUUAUGAGCUUGGAGAUCCUGCUAGGUACAUCCUGCCUGAUGUAAUUUGUGACUUUACGCAAGUUAGGCUACAAGGACUUAUUGGUAAGUCUUUGUUCCAUAAUGGCGUCACUGACUGCGACUUGUCAACACGGGCAACGAAGUUUUUCAGAAAAUAACUGUUCUAAGGAGCAAAUAUUGCGUAGAAAUUUAAAGGCUAAAAAAGGGUAAAAAUAAACGCUAAACAUAUCACAGUAGCUAACAAUCUCAGAUGAGACGAAAAAGCAACCUAAAACUUUCGUAACGACCAAAUUUCCCCUAAGACAUCCGAAUAGAUAAUUUUUUGAGAUGUACCGUAGUUUUUAGGGUUGUUACAAAUUAACCAAACAGUCUUCUAAAGCGCAGAAGAAACCAGUUGAGACAUUUCUGACAUAUUCGGAAGCAUUCGGUUGUUAGGUGUCGCUGUUUUCAUCUCAUUUGGAAUCGGUCCGUGAAAGUCAGGAAUUUAGACGUGAGCAUUGUUCAUUGUUUCGUUAAAAAUGUCUCAUUUUUUGUCAGUGUAUCUUUGUUGGAAAUUUUAGCUGGUUAAUUAUGCUGUAACCCAUCCACCAAAGAAUUAUCUGUGAGACUAAAGCUGGUCAGCAAAAAUAGAUACAUUGUACAGUGAAACCCCACCUUACGGCCACCUCGGUAAUACCGUCACCUCGUUAUUACGGCCACCAUUUUUUGGCCGCCUGGCAAAAACCGCCAUACAUUUUCUUGUAAAAAAAGACCCUCGUUAAUACGGCCACCCCGUUAAUAUGACCAAAUUUUUUUGGCCCAUUGGUGACCGUAUUAACGGGGUUCCACUGUAUAUGAACAGCAAAGGACCGGCAUAUACCAGAGUAUAUAAGGCUCUUAGAAUGCGCUACCAUCAGUGAAUAGACUGUUCACAGUUCCCUAUUUUUUCAUGAGAUCGUCGAGAUAUCAGCGCGUCCUACCAUUAAUGGCGGCCAUAUUGGUUUUCAAAUGUACUGAGGAGGCACGCGUCGUGGAUUAUAGCUCUCUUUCUCCCAAACCUCCCCCUGCCCCCUUAGUAGUUUUGACACUGAUGCAAGAUGGCAAAUUAACGCAAAGCGCUUGAUCUCGUCGAUCUUACGGGGAACUAGGGGACUGUGAACCAGUCUAAUCAGUGAACAGCUUGUGCCCUUAGAUUGUUUUUGUCUAAAUCAGUAUUAUGAUUGCGUAACCUGUUUACAUUUGGUCCUGACUAGGUUAUGACGGUGGCGCUGUACUUGUUCAGGGAGCAAUUGGUGAACCACCUACAGACACUUACAAGGUAUGUCAUUUAGUAAUGUAUAUCAUUAGUAGGUGAAGUAUGAUCGUCCGAGUGAGUGUAGCCCUGAAUGGGACUGUUGUCGACAGUGACUGUCGUUUCAGCAACCUGUGCGGUAGUCAUCUUCAGAGUCAAAGUGAGUUGUAUCACGUCACUUGUUGGCAUUUAACUCUGGAUAUUGACCUGACUGGUCAAAAAAGGCACGAUGUUCUUGGUCGUUUGCCAGUUUUUCCCGAGGGAAGGGGGCGGCUGUACACAGGCUAUAAUGUUAUUGCCUUUAAUGGCUCUAAAUGUCAUUAGUGCGUUUCGAUCCAUCUUUCGUUACAGUUAACGGUCGUUUAUUGUUUGUCAAAUUGUCGGUUGUCCAGUCAUUUUAUCGUUGUCAGUUUUGCUUGAGUUCGUCAAUAAUUCGGUUGUACAGUGCCGGUGACUGUGGACAACGUUUCAGUGGUCUAAAUUGUCUGAUUCAGUGGUCUAAAUAGGCGGAUUAUCUGACGGAUAAAAUCAAACGAAUUAAUGGUCUAAAAUGAAACCGUCCUGUAACCGUUUGACACGACAGAUGACCCACCCGAAAUGGAUAAUCCUUCUCUUGUUUGAAAACGGUCGUUUUUAAACAAGAAAUGCAUGGAGAAAAGUCUGGAGAAAGCCGCCAAGACUGCAAAAUUCUAUAGUACGACAAAAUGUUUUAUAACCAUCCAGAGCGUCCUUUUCCUGUAGGUGUGUGCUACUUAUGCUGAUGGUUUUCGCGCCACUGCAGUUUGUCCAGUUGGAGGACCGUUUGCUUCACUCAAGGCUAGAAAAACAGGCGAAGCUCUCUUAAAAAGGUUUAAAAUUUACUAUUCAUUGAUAAAGCAUCAUAAGAAAAUGUAAACUUGUUCCUUCUUCGUGGGUUUUGACAAGAGAUCGUAAAGGGUUUCUUUGAAAGACCCGUUUUUGUAGAGGUUUUAUCCAGUUCCUGUGGCAUUUUCGUAGUCAAAAUAGGAGAAUUAAACCAUAUCAAACAUGGUGGAAAUCCCUCUGCUUUGGGCCGCCAUUUCUUUCAUUUGUUGACUGCGCCUCGCUUUGAAGCGCUGAAUCGCGAAAGCGAGUCGUCCGGAAGUCAACCAGUUCACCGCAUGGUCCGCAUAGUUUCCAGAGGCCAACGCCCCUAGACUCCCUCUCUGUCCUAUUACGAGAUCUUGUUUUGGCUUUCAUCUGUUUUUAACGUUUAGUCCCUUGGAGAUUUCUGGUUCUAUACUCAAAUCGAAAUGAAUAUUAAACCUCUCCCCAAAGUUGGUCAUAGAGGAGUGUAAUGUAAUCGCGCGUGUUAUGUUCUUAAAAAGAGAGGCCUAAGAUUCUGGGACUAAAUGAGCAGGGAGAGAAAAGACCGUAAAUCUUAUGUCGUUCUCUCUAAAAGGACAAGAAGGAUGUUUAAAGAAUUAAAUCUGGAUGAUUACACAAGAACUCAUAUUCAGGUACUGAAUAGCUUUCCAAGGCUGCCUCAUUUAAUUACAAGUUACAUACAUACAUUACAUACAUACACUGUUUGCAGGUAGCCAUUAUGACACCUGAAGGAGGAUCAUGAGGUUAUCCCUAAAUUAAGAUCUCUCCUUACAGAUAAUCCACCCAGUCCAGGAAAGGUUGGCCACACCAGCAGGGCCUGGUCUACGUCCCCUACUCUUUUCAAACAGUGGUAUGGGUUCUUUUACGUUCCACAAGAACCAGAUGAGUGAAAGUGCUGUGAGACGGGACCCACGGCUUUUCGUCCUUAUUCGAGAAAUCGCUAGUUAAGUUCGCUGCGGAAAAGCCAUUACAUUGUAAUCACAGAUAAAAAAGAUCACUGUUUAUCUAGUUUCGUACCAUUCUACAAGCCUUCAAAGUCCAGCCGAUUUUAAGGAAAUUCUCCUCCAUAGAUUGUAGAAAUUCAAGAUGGGCCUAUCUUGCCUGCUCGGUUAGCCAACCAGAGCACAUGAUUCGCUUCAUCUUGCCUGCUCGUGGAUUUAGCCAUGUAAUAAAUCGUAGAUAUUAUAAGAAUGGACCUCUGACGCGAAGGUUCCUCUGACGGUCUUCAUCGACUGUCAAUAGGGAGCUUAAGCAAAGGCGUUUUUGAGCGACGCACUUCAACCUGAAGUAAGGCCUUCUAUCAUUUUAUGUGCCUUGACACUACCACAUUUGUUUACCCUUAUACAGAGAAUUUGCCCGAAAAUUUUGGCAGGAACAUUGCCUUAGAAUGAAAUAAGUCCACUUCCGGUUGACGGUUGUCGCUCAAAAACCCUUGAGCUGAGUGGCUGACCUCAGUUUGGUCACCUGACCAGUCCACGUAGUAUGUUAGAAGUAUGUGAGUAAGCGGUUUUUUCUGCUUACCUUUGUUCCAUGUUUAUUGAAUUUCCUCUCUUGUAAACUGCCUGGCCUUUCAUUUAGGUGAUAGGCUCUGAACAAACGUAUGGAAAACAAGCCUUUCCUGGAGUCAUGACCGCAGUGAGUACACACAUAAUUCAUAAAGACGAUGUUUUCAAAAAGCAACUGAGUAUGUUGAUAAUUCGUAAAACUAUAAGACAAGGCGUGGUCACAGGGUGGUAGAUUUUAAAUCUGUAGGUCUCGGGCUGAGGCUAACAACUACUAGAUCCCACAAUCUGUUUGUUUCUUCGCAGCUUUGCUUGAAAAAAUAUAUGACUGUUUGCAUCUUGUCAUUUCUAACUUCUUAUGUUCACUUGAAAUAUUUGUUUGUGACAUUUGCUCGAAAUGUCGAUAGUGCCAUAAAUUCUACAUUUUACAGAGAAUUACAACAAAAAACAAACAAAAAGCGAGCAGCAAACAAACACCACUAGAUGUAAUGACGGAGAAUAGACACAGGCUGCAGCUACUUCUUGUCAAUCGCCAGUUGGUUCCUAAAAAACCACGCCACUUUUAAUUUUUAUCUUGCUGGUUUUACAAGUGAGAGGAAGACACUUCCAAAAAGGCAGUUAAGUAAUUUAAAACUAAUUUGUCUACUGACUUUAUUGAAUAUAAGACUCCUAGGGAAGCAGUAUUAUGGCUGGCAGCUCAUCACCAUCAGAGAAAAGCCCUUGAAUUGUUUGCGAUGGAAAUAGCCUCUGCAGGCACUAGCAUGGGUUAGUACAUGUAUAUAUGAAUUAGAAUGAACAGGCAACAAGUUUGAAGUUUAUGGUCGAUGUACAAUUUUACGUUUAAUUUUACAUUUUCCUUCUUCCGUGCCUUAUCCCAACUGCUCCCCUUUUUGACGAACGCCUUAUUCCUCCUUAAUUCCCUCUGAGUAUUUUUUUGCUCUAAUCACAUACGUCACAUACAGGUCGCCCUCUGCCAACGCGUUGUUUCUCAGAUAAGCAACUUUGCUCCACAGACCCUCUCAAGGUGUAUAUAAAUAGUUACCACCAAUAUGAUAACUUGGGGGAUAAUUCUGGGAUGGAUCAGGGUCCCAUCCAUGGAGGGAACAUGAAUAUAUCUAGGUGCUUCAUGCGUUCGAAAACGGGACAGGCUUCGGUCGAUUGACUCUCCGUGGCGCGCCCUUUGUUACACUCAUUCUGACUCCACUAACACGAGACAUUCAAUGUGAACAGUUUAUUUAGGAUGCGUCAGUCAGUCACCUGUUGUAGAUGUUUAGUUACAUCAAUGUUAUACCUAUAGCAAAAUACUGUUACAUGUUCUAGGCUAUAACGUAUGCUACGCCAGAUACCAAAAAAAAAAAAACACUAAAAAACCGCCCUUGAGAAGUGACCAAAAAAUGGGUGGAAACGUAGUGCCCCACUAAUGCAGUGGCACAAAACCCUGGGAAAGGGUUUUUAAUAAGUGAAAGACAUAAAACGGUGAAUACCUUGUUACACAGACUACUCCAAAAAGAGACUAAUUUCAAAAGAGUGUAGGACCAAAUGCCUAAUUACAUGAAUUAUAUACCGAAAUAAGGUUAUUCCUAAAACAUACAGAUCCGAACACGAAAGAACAUCGAGAAGUUUUUGCAAAACAAAACAAAAACGACCACGACGACGGAGCUGACGUGGAAUGGCUCAAAUCUGAGCCAAAACCAUAAAUACUCCGAAACUAUCCCACAAGCCCUUGCGCCCCUAAAACGUUACCGUCAGAAUAAUAAUUUCUGACUAACUCGUUCCCAUGUCUCUCAAACGUAAGAAAUUACAUUUAUCGUUAGCGAGCCAUUGUUUGAAAUUAUCUAUGGAAAUAUGGAAAAUUAUAAGCAAGAUGCAAAUUCGUUUAGUUAAAUUUGCUUUCUUCCCCAUAAGUUAUUCGAGGCUCGUUGAAUUCUAGGAGAAGUUGAAGCUCGAGGUUAUUUUAAUAAUUUCAAACUGUUUGGUUUUUAACCGGUAAAUUGAAGGCUCUCUAUUUGCUUUUAUAGCUCCUGGACUGACUGCCAUUGUUGGAGGAAGACCAAGAGUGUAAGUAUAAAAACUUUAAUUCAGUUGAUCUCUUUGAAACCAUAAACUUGUAUGCAAAUUAACAGUUUACAUUCAAAUUUCAUCAUCAUAAUUAUUUUUGUAUAUAGAUCUCCCCUUUUGAGGCUGUAUUCUUUCUUGUAUCCCAAAGACAAAGUCAAUGUAAGUAAAUGUACGGUAAAGAAUCUUUAAAAGCGAUUUAGUUAUUUGAUGGUCUCUGGUGAUUUCUGUAUUAAAGUAUUUGUUUGUUUGCUUGUUAAGAUUUAAUGUAAUUAAAAUAAAGCUGUGAUAGAAUAUUAUUUAUUGUAACUUAAAAUUGUAGUUUUUCCUUCCUUUUCCUUUCCUUUCCUUUCCUUUCAAUUUAUUUUUCUUUUAACUGGUCCGCCUAGAUUAGCAAUUGCUAUUUUGCGGGCCAGUCUAUUGUAACCAAUAGUCUUAUGAAAUAAAGUUGAAGUUGAAGUUGAAGUUGGUCCUUUAACAAAGAGGUUUUGAAAUGUGCAAAGUUUCGGUUAUUUUCUUGGUGGUGUGGAUGCAGCUGCAGUCUGCAAGUGGCAUUACUUAAAAAAGAUUGUACAUACGCUGAGUAAUGCUCGUAACACAACGCCAAAGCUAACCAAGAAUAGUUUUUUAACAUUAAGUACCCCUUUCUCGCUAGCCCGCGUAUACGACCUUCUCUCCUCGCUCCUUGCCGCUAGAAACAUUUUGUAGGAGAGACGAAGUCCCAAGCGACGAGCGGCGAGGAGAAACGGCUGUAUUUGCAGGUUAAGUUUUCGCUCUUGCCUAGUCCCUAGGCCUCAAUAUCCCGCGUUUCGGGUCACGUGAUCCGUGUGAGUUUCCUGACUGUUCGUCUGGGAUACGUAACCGAAUUGCAUUGACGGGGAAGGCCUGGGAAGAAGCCUUUCGGGGACAAGGCGAGAAAGCCUUCACAAGUGAUGACCCUUGUUACUUUUGAAGCUUCUUGCUUGAACUCAGUCAAACUCCAAACAAAUUGCAUGGCUAGUCAGUCGGAGAAAGUUAUGUUCAGAGCUUUUUCUUUGUACUUAUUAGAUUGAUAUUUACAUGAACGGUGAACAUGUGGAGACGAUGCCCGAACCUAAAACAGGAAAGUCACGUUAUAAACGAGAAAGAGAAACGACGAUACAGGAUGCAGCACCGAGGAUGAGUAAGAGUUUUGGAAAAAAUCUCAUAUCAUCCAAAACCGAGUCUCCCACGCUUACGUUCUUAGGGCUUCGUCACGCGUUCCUCCCCAACAGAUGCAGAUUUCAGAUUUUUUAUUUUUUGCACUUUUCAAGAGGUUACUACAAAAAUUACAAUACAUUACAAAAGUAAGAAAAAAUAAAACAAUAAAUUACAUAAAUCAUCAGAGGUGAAAUGAUCGCAGUGAUAAAAGGAGCUUAGGCUUUCGAAUUAGUCACUGCCUCGUGCAACUAACCGGCGUAGACAUUUACAUAAAACUGAAAGUAACGUAUAACGGAGAAAGGAAAAUUGAAAAUGCAUAAAGUCUUACUUACGAUUUGAAAUAAAAACAGUGGAAAUGAUUAUUGACAGUAAGGGCAGAGAAAUCAAAUUACCCAUUGGGGAUUUAAAAGGUACAGUUUUUAUUGCUUAUAUAAGUUGUAGAGGAGGUUUUUUUUAAGUUAGAGGGAAUGUUUUCCCAGAUUUUAGAUCCAACAGAUGCAAAAGUGGCAGCUCCCUAAUUAUUGUUUAUCCUAAGCUGAUCCUUGGCCGAUGAAAAUUAUGAUUGGAUACAACGAACGUUCUUUGGGGAGGAACGCGUGACGAAGCCCUAAGACGCUCCAAGUGGGAGUCUACCUAAAACCAUCAAAUUCAAAUAUUGUGGAGCACACACACACACAUAUGCACAGGGUAUUUAAAGUAAAGACGCAUGCGCAGGGUACACAAGUAUAGGCCUUAUUUAAAAAUACCAUAAUGCUCUUUGUUUUCCCUCCAAAAUGUGCAUAGGGGUUUCUGUAGGAAGGAUUGUAAGUCCCAAGAGAAAUUUUGAAGGGAAAACAAAAAGUAUUAUGGUGUUUUUAAAUAACGCCUGUUGGAGUUUAAAGAACCCAUAUUACAUAUCCUCUAGUCUUGAAUUCAGUAAUACGUACAGCCUGUGAGCCCUUACAGGUCUUAAGCUUUCGGAGGCCCAUGUUAGCAGUUUGAAUGACGGCCUUAGUCUAAUUCUCUGACGAUCUACAUGUAACGAGAGAUAAGAAAGAGCUCUCGUACUGCGCUCUGCGCCUUAAUACCAUGUCUUUAAAUUUGGUUAAGGGUGUGAGAGAUGACACUUGACAAAAGAGAGGAUUCCAAUCUUAAGCAGUUAUAGGAGAAAAGAAAUAUUUAAACACAUUUUUCUUACAAUAAGGUUCAAUCAUGUUAUACCUAAGGUUGCUCCUAGUCCGGUUUACUUUGCUAAAAGUAAAAAGAUCGCAGUUAUUGGUAUGAAAGAGACCAUGGAUAAAACACUCUUUUACAUUAGGGUUAAUUGAGAUUUUUUUUCUUUUUUCUUCGAGAAUAUCAAAUCACAGUUUAUUUGUUAUUAAAGGAACACUCAAUGUCCAUUUACAGUCAUUUGAUGACCAUAGAUAGGGUGCUAGUUUACUUCUUUAUUAGCAGAAGAAAGCGAAAGUUAUGAGAAUUUGUUCUCUGACCAUUUCUAACGAUAUUUGAUUUGUUGUUUCUUUUCAAAGGAAUGCCAAAAGGUCGUUGCACAUUUCCACUCAGCUCGUUGGCGCUGACAAGAAGCGGAGAUAAAGGAAACUCUGUGAACAUAGGUAGUACUAUUACAAUCAUAUUCUGUGUCUUUUUUUCGCUUGGAGGCGUCCGUACAUUCUUAUCUGGAUAAGGCGACAGAGAAAUGCUGACCACGUGAAUCACCUGAUCAUACGACACAGCAGUAGGCCAGUACCUUAAUCAUGCGCACAGGCAGGAAGACACUUUUAGGGUAUUUGCAGAGCCUCCCGUGUCUUAUUCAAAGAAAAUAAGAUCAGCGAACGAUUUGAGGGUUUUAUCGGCAACGAAAACAAAAGAGAGAACGUAAGCACUGGUUAUAGAAUGAACGAGAAAUGCAAAUACAGUAAGAAGAGUAACCGAGUGCAGUACUUGCAUUUCGCGGGAGGAGUAAGUUGAAAUUUUAUAUUGGUGGAGGUUUAACUCAUUAGAGUUGUACACCAACUUAAUUUCUUAUCUUUACAGGUGUGAUUGCUCGUCAUCCUUCUUAUGUUCCCUUUAUACGCGCUGCUCUUACCGAGGAGUCUGUAGAAAAAUACUUCAAGCAUUUAUUUCCCUCAUUACCAGAAGCAGGACGUUGUCGAGUAAAACGGUAAAGAAACUUCCGUUGUUGGUUAGCCUGCGUAGCAAGCAUUUCCGUGCGGUUUCGGAGAAAAGAACGAGGAACGAGAGUCAAAGACCACGCGAAAAAUGGGCAAAUAAAACAGUGGGGAGAACUCUUGUUCCAUUUUUCGCGCGGCCAAAACCGAAAAUCCUGUUCCACGUCGUUCCUCGGUCUUUCUUUGCUCCGAAACCACACGGAAACGCUUGCUACGCAGGCUAGUUGUAGGUAGACUUUGACCUAUGUUGGCGUUUAGUAUGUUGGUGGUUUGUGCGGCUAAACUCUUUCACUCCCAAUGUGCUUUAAGUCACUAAGUGAAUAAACUGAAAAAUAAAUAGAUAGUUUAUUUUGAAAAACGCUACAAAAGGAACGGUACUAAAAGCACUGCUGAAUAACUUUCUUUUCAAUGUUAUGCCACAGGAUUUUAUCCACGGCUCAAAAGAUAGAACUGCACUUAAGGGGUCAUCAGUUACAGCAGUUUACUGUGCUUGUUAUAGCUAUUUUAUAGUGCUUUUAAAACAACGGCAUUAGUUUAUUUUAUUAAGCUACUUUGUGGUCUUUGCAGAUACGAACUUCCAGGAAUCAAUGCGUUUAACUUUGUACUAGAGGACGCGUUAGGAGGUGGCGGUGUAACAUCUUUACGUAGCGAUCCACAGGUAAAAUGGAAAGAGUUUUUUAAGGAAUUUAGUGAAAAGGAUUUUCUGAGUGAUUGGGGCCCUUGCCCGCCCAAACUGCUUCGCGAGUCGCGUUGAACCAAAAAAACCCUCUAGUUACUGCCCUGGUAGCAAAGGAGAAUUUCAAUUUAUAUUUAUCGUACAGUCACGCCCUACGUGAUAUAUAGUUCUUCUUUUUUGUGAAUUCAUAACUUAACAUUCUAAAAAUCACAAGCACCUACAGCUGUUUAGGUGAACACCGCUUCUGAAUAGAUCAUUAGCUCACUUGCUGUCUCCCUCGCUGAUUGGUUGACUGGUGGACUAUUUGAUCGAUUGACUGAUUGAUUACCCUUUAUUACAACAUUGAUAGGCCUUUUGCACGAUGACAUCUUUUUACUACUUAGACCAGAAUUCAAGACGUCUUUUCCUUUCAUGAGGUCUCGUGAGGUUAAAAUAAUGAAGGCCCUAAUUUGCGUAAGAAAGCAAAAUCCUGAAGGAUUUCGGUAGUAGAAGUAAAAUGACGCUAUUGUGCAAAUGACCCGUUCAGGUACGGAAAAACGGGCAACAAAAAUCAUGCAACUUGUCUUUCAACAUUGCUGCAAAACGAGUUGAAUAGUAGCCUCUCCCUCCGAAAAAUAGCGUGCUAUUUUUCGGAGGGAGGUGAAGCGACGACCAGAAAAAUGCGUCUGCUGUUCGCAGGCUAGUUGAAUAGCGAUUUUGCGCGUAUUACCACCCACAUCAAACCUGUCUUGUAUCAAAAUUAGGUUGCUAACAGUUUUUAACGUGAGUGAUAAAACGCGCAACAUUGCUUUUCCGCUCAUUUUGCAACAAUGUUGCAAAACAAGCUGCACGUUUUUUGUUGCCCAUUUUACCGAAGCUUUAGUUGUUUCAUUGAUAAUGCUUUUAAAAAAGUGUUUGCUUGCGAAAAGAAGAAUUCUCUUCUAUUCCUUUUUCCUCGUUUUAUACCUUCUGAUUGACGGUAGCGAUUCUUUAUUCAUUGUCACUUUUUUCUCAAUUCAUUUUAAUUUUCAUUGCAGGGCAAGGCACUUGGUCAGAUGCUGCUAGAUUUUAGGAUAAAGAAUGUUCCCGACAUUUUACCAUCUAUUAUUGAACCAAACCUAUAAAUAAUCGUACCUCUUGGGCAGAAUUAACAUAAACUCUACUUGCCUCUAUUGAUUGGUUCCUCUUAAACAAGGAUCAUGGAGCUAUGGGGCUGGUUGGGCUAUAGCCCCACCAAUAGUUUCGGCGGGAGUUUUGUUGUUUUAUUUCUUUUGUUUUUGCAUUUACAGAACUACUUCUAACCUCUGUGCAACGCCAGCAAAAUUUUCUUCGUUAAAUGUACGUUUAUGUGCAGAGAACAUAAAGAAUGGCGAAAAAAAAUUGACAAAAAUUUCUCACGAUUCUUAGAAAUAAAUUCUUUUCGGGUUAUUUCAGAAGCUCUAAAUUUUUCGUGGGAGCGUGCCCCUCCCCCAACUGAUAAUAUGCAGAUAAUCUCGGCCCCAAAUCUUAAAUAUACUUCGUUGUCCCUGUUAGAGGUGGGCUAGAUUGACGUGGACGAUCGUUGGAACGAUGCAAAGGGCACUAGCUGCUCCGUAAGCUGUUUUGAAACUCUUUUGAAAUCCCUCUGAAAUUGGGAAGCUAGCCCUAAUGAUAUGUAAGAGCUAGCAGCAUGGACAGAACGCAGAUCGCAUUGUAUCAGUGUUGUAUUUGCUUGAAAAUUUCAUAUACCAUUUGGGCCGUUGGAAAAAAGGGGUAGACAAUUUCUCUAAAAAGAGUCAAAGCUACACCUGUACUUAUACACAGAUUCGAGUAAAAUCUUGGUUUCUGCCUUUUGAAUAAUUCAAUGUUUCGAAAGAUUAAACCAUUUCUAACAUGAACCUCUUUAGAAGGUUAUGUUCAUACUAUACCGGAUGGUUUUUUGUGCCAACACGAAAAGCUAUCCGAUGUGUGACUCAUCACUUUAGAGACCAGCGUGGAGCAGCUUCGCUCCAUUACAGAAGCUGCGCCGUAAAUCACUGUUCUUGUGUGUGAAAAGAAACCCUAUCCGGUAUGAUUUUCGUGCCGGCGCAAAGGCUAUCUGGUAUCGUGUAAAAAUAUCCCAAGCCACUUUUUGGUCCAUACAUUCAUUCUUGAUUUAAAAUCCCUGUAACAGCCUCGAUCAUUGGCUGCAAACGCAAUGGCAACUAAAUUGGGUUCUGCAACUACCAAAAACAAGUAAUUUCUCAACAAUAG